AUGAGAAAAUUCCUUAAAGAAAAAGGAUUUGAAUGCAAGACUGGAUAUACAUGCUUGGUUGCUAAGUGUCCAUUUUGUUGCCAUGACAACCUCAACAAAGCCCAGCUGCAUAUGUAUGUCAACAUGACCACCGGGAGCUACUCGUGUGAAUGUAUCAAGUAUAAUGGUAGUUGGGAUAGCUUACAAGAUGUUUUGACUGCCUCACAAAGGAAAAAAAUGAAACCGAUUAUAACAGCGGAAACUAAUGGCGUGAACACAGAGGUGAAAGAGGCGGAGAGUUUGUGGAGUGAUGUAACCCCUAUCAAAGAUGGUGAUGAAGAUCUUGUUGCAAAAUUAAAACAGAUUCACAAUAUGAAACCUUUGACAUUGGACAUUAUGAGCAAGUAUGAUGUCCACAUUCAAAAGAUAUCCAAAUCUUUGAUGUUUCCAAGGUAUCACCAUGGUAACACCCUACAAGGAAUCAGGGUUCUUGGUUCAGAUGUAAGUUUAAAAGGCCGACCGGUGUUCACAGACCAUCAUUUACCGAAACUUGAUUGUGCAGGGUUGUUCGGUUGGAAUUUAAUUCAUGCUGAUGAUAAGCAUAUAGUAUUGACUGGAAGUGAAGCUGAUGCCAUGGCUGUCACCCAGGCAACACGUUUGAAUGCGCUCGCCUUGCCGCGAGGAAUAUCUGUUCUUCCUCAGGAGGUUUUGCCUUUGUUGGAGCAGUUUGAGCGAAUACUACUUUGGUUUGGAAAUGACUUGAGGUCAUGGGAAGCGGCAAAACAGUUGAAGAAACUGAAUCCAAGACGAUGUUACUUUAUCAGACCGAAAGAAAAGAAUCCUCGUCCAAUAGAAGCCCUGGAAAAGCAGAUGAACCUGAAUAAUAUAAUAAAACUAGCUCAGCCUGUCAGUCACAAAGCUAUUGUGUCUUUCCACAUAAGAGAAGAGGUCCUUGGGGAACUUUCACAUGCUGAACAGGUGGCCGGUGUGAAGUGGUCACGGUUUCCUCUUUUAAAUAAACUACUGAAAGGGCAUCGUCGUGGAGAAUUGACUGUUUUCACUGGACCAACUGGAAGUGGGAAAACUACAUUCAUGAGUGAAUACUCACUUGAUCUGUGUUCCCAAGGUGUUAAUACAUUGUGGGGCAGCUUUGAAAUACGAAAUGUCAGACUUGCCAAAAUGAUGUUAACACAGUUCUCCAAAGUCAAUCUUGAGAGUCAACUGGACUUGUUUGAUUUCUGGGCAGACAAGUUCGAAAACCUGCCUUUGUACUUUAUGACGUUUCACGGACAGCAGAAUUUCAAGCUGGUCUUGGAAGCUAUGACACACGCUGUUUAUGUUCAUGACAUUGAACACGUCAUCGUCGAUAACCUACAGUUCAUGGUGGGACUUUCCGAUCGAUUGGCCUCGACAGACCGGUUUGGUCUCUAUGACAAUAUCAUCGCUUCAUUGCGUAAAUUUUCCACUGUCAAUAACUGUCAUGUUACCGUGGUUAUUCACCCAAGAAAAGAGAAAGAUACCGAAGAGCUACAGACAGCAUCUAUCUUUGGUAGUGCAAAAGCAGCCCAAGAAGCAGACAACAUUCUGCUGCUACAAGACAAAAGACUGACUUCGCUGAGAGGCAAGAAGUAUAUCCAGGUUGCAAAGAAUAGAUUUGAUGGAGACCUGGGUAUCGUUCCGUUACAUUUUAGCAAAGAAUCACUCACUAUGUCAUCAGCAGCUGGAGGCAAGACACCAGUGAAUAAGGAUGGCAUUAAGAAGCUAGAAGGAUAUGACCCACCUUUACAGCCAGGUUUGAAUGAUAUGGCUCGCUUGUACAGCCAGGUUAGAAUGAUAUGGCCCACUUGUACAGCCAGGCUAGAAGGAUAUGACCCACCUGUACAGCCAGGUUUGAAUGAUAUGGCUCGCUUGUACAGCCAGGUUAGAAUGAUAUGGCCUACUUGUACAGCAAGGCUGGAUCACUACAGGUAUAACGGCAUGGUCGACUACGGCGUGUUCGAACACUCACCGAGUCUAGAACAGUCGCCGAGCUCGGAAUAUUGCCAAGACUCACAAUUUGCCUGGGAAUCGUUGAUGAGAGAAAUUGGCGGAGGCGUUCUACUAGAUGGGCAGGAUGAGCUUUACAUUGUAUGGCACAGGUUGCGCCAAGAUGAACCCGAGUUGCUGCAGCCGUUUGAAUCAUUUCUUAGAAAAGCGGUCAUGGAAAUCCGACAUUUACACAGGGAGUGCGACGAUGCUAUUAAAAGUAAGAGUGGUGUCCAUCAACAGGAGGUGAAAUCUUUGUAUGAGGAAAUGGAAACACAUCUAGCUAGGGAGAGAGAAGUGAUUAGACGGAAGUGUGAAGAAGAACUUCAAGACGAAUUAGAAAGGCGUCUAGAAAAUAAAGAUCAAGAAGUUCAAAUACUCGUUCAAAGAAAAAAAGAGCUGGAACUAUCACUUACAAACUUGGACAAAAAAGAAAGAGAUAGGAAAGUUCAAAACGGUCAGUUCACGCUACACUACAUUACAUUACAGUUAGAGCAGAUGGUACUAGAACUGAGUAGACAUGAGUCAGGCAUUGUUGCCGAAAACGAGAUGUUAGCCAAGUGCAGUGCCAGGUUGAUUCAUGUGUAG